AUGGAUAAGUUGCCUAUCUACCGCACGGAUGCUCCGCGUUCAAAGCCCCGAAGUCGUAUCUUCAAGUCCCUCACAGCCGCAGUCUUGCUCGCCGUCGCGUCGCUGGUCUGGUUGGGCAGCACUGUUGACUCGCAAGAGAAAAUAUCAUCGAAGGUCCCUAUCAAUGCUGCAGAGAUAGUCCAGCACUGUCAGCUUCUCGACGUGCAGCCUGGCCCUCCCCAGGACUUCCAUCAUAGAUCCCACUCAGACCGUUUCGUUCCUGGUACACCCCCUACGCUGAUAAAAAACGCGACAAUUUGGACAGGUCGUGAAUCUGGCAAUGAGGUUGUCAACGGUGACCUACUGCUGGACAAAGGACUUAUUAAAAUGAUCGGAGGUGUCUACGACACCUCUCUGCUUGAUUAUCAUAAUUUGGUGACGAUCGAAGCUGGAGGGGCAUGGAUUACUCCAGGCAUCGUUGACAUGCACUCUCAUCUGGGAGUAGACAGUGCCCCUGAACUGCGGGGUGCUACUGACACCAAUUCUCUCAAGGGUCUUGUUUUGCCAUGGCUUCGAAGUCUUGACGGGUUAAAUACCCAUGACGAGGCUUACAAGCUCUCUGUAUCUGGAGGCGUUACAACCGCAAACGUAUUGCCGGGUUCUGCUGAUGCAAUAGGUAACAAUUUGUUUUUGGCUGUCGUAAAUGAUGAUACAACCUUCCAGAGUUCAGGUGGUCAAGCCUUCACCAUCAAAUUGAGACCGACCGCCGAAUGGUCAUCAUCUGCAAUGGUCUUGGAACCGCCUUACUCCUUGAAUGGAACUCAUGUUGAUCCCUCAUUACCGCCUCGAUGGAGGCAAAUGAAGCACGCGUGCGGUGAAAAUCCUAGCAGGGUUUAUUCUGGUACUCGCAUGGACACUAUUUGGGCGUUCAGACAAGGGUAUGAUACAGCUCGCCAGAUUAAACAAAAACAGGAUGAAUAUUGCGCGAGGGCAUUGGCUGGGCAGUGGGAUGGUCUUGGCGCAUUUCCGGAGAGUCUUCAGUGGGAAGCACUUAUCGAUGUUCUCCGCGGUCGUGUCAAGGUCCACAAUCAUUGUUACGAAGCGGUUGACUUAGAUGGCAUUGUCAGGUUGACGAACGAGUUCAAAUUUUCCAUUGCGGCGUUCCACCAUGCUCACGAGACUUACCUCGUCCCCGAUUUAGUGAAAAAGGCAUACGGAACGACUCCCGCUGUGGCCUUAUUUGCGACCAAUGCAAGGUACAAACGUGAGGCAUACCGUGGUUCCGAAUUCGCUCCGCGCAUCUUGACGGAUAAUGGCCUGAGAGUUGUAAUGAAGAGUGACCAUCCUGUUCUAAACUCGCGUUUCCUACUCAACGAAGCUCAGCAAGCGCAUUAUUAUGGUCUACCUGCUCAUCUUGCACUUGCGUCUGUGACGUCAACGCCUGCUGCAGUUUUGGGAUACGAUCACAGAAUCGGAUCCAUUAGACUAGGUUACGAUGCUGAUAUUGUCGUUUGGGACAGUCAUCCUCUUGCGCUUGGGGCAACGCCCAAACAAGUAUACAUCGACGGUGUUGCACAGCUCAAAGCGCCAUACGUGGGCGAGAAACCGGCCUAUUCCCAGCGAGCACCGAAGACACCCGAUUUCGACCGGGAAGCCGAGGAGGCUCUUAAAUAUGACGGGUUACCGCCACUCUCUCCCAGGAAAGUUAAAAAUCUGGUGAUUUUCAGCAAUGUUGGGAGCCUCUACGUCAAACGUAACGACGGUGUUGAACAAAUAUUUUCUUCAAACGAGGUCGGGAAAUUAGGGGUUGUUGUUGUGGACAACGGCCGCAUCACUUGCAGUGGCCUGUUGCCCUCCGCCUGCCCCCUUGCCCAAUACGAUUCAGCCAAUAUCCAAGAAAUUGAUUUGGAAGGAGGUUCUAUCUCCCCCGCUCUCGUCAGUUUUGGAAGUCAUCUAGGCUUAAAUCACAUCGACGGCGAGGCGUCGACAAACGAUGGAAACGUUAUCGAUCCGCUCAAGGCUCAUGUACCUGAUAUCUUGGGACAAGGAAGCAUCAUUAGAGCAGUGGAUGGACUUCAAUUCUCCACGCGGGAUGCGCUUCUCGCAUACCGAUCUGGCGUCACAACCGGCGUGACAGCUCCCUCUUCAAACGGGUUUUUGGCUGGCUUGAGCACUGCAUUCAACACUGGUCUCCCUCAUAAGCUCGUCGAAGGAGCCGUCCUCCAAGACGUGACUGCUCUUCACGUUGCGGUUGGCUUCUCCAGUCCCAGUGUUAGCACCCAAAUCGCCGCUUUGCGGUCGCUGCUCCUUGGACAGGGCGUAGGUCAACUGGCAUCCUACUUUAAGGAUGUUGUCAAGGGAAGACUGCCACUAGUUGUGAAGGUGGAAAGCGCAGACAUCAUAGCUACACUUAUCGGCCUCAAAAAGGAGGUGGAAGCCCAAAAUGGUGUAGCCAUCCAGCUGACACUCGUUGGCGCCAACGAAGCACAUCUUCUCGCCCGGGAACUCGGAGAGGCAGGCGUCGGUGUCAUCGUAGCUCCACGUCCCUUCCCUGGAUCGUGGAAGUCGAGACGAAUCCUGCCUGGUCCCCCCCUCAGCGAAGACAGUGCCACAACCCUGCUCCUUCGCAACAACGUCACUGUUGGUAUUGCUGUUGAAGAACAGUGGGCUUCAAGAAAUAUUCGAUUUGAUAUUGGUUGGACCGCUCUUGAGGCUGAUGGAAGGCUUUCAACGUCUGAUGCUAUCUCUCUGGCGUCAGUCAAUCUUGAACAACUUUUGGGUAUCAAGACACCCAACACAGAUCUUGUCGCCGUCAAGCAGGGUUCUCUGCUUGACUUUGAAGGCAAGAUCGUUGGUAUUAUUUCCCCUCUCAGGGGACUCGUUGAUUUGAUCUUGUAA